AUGAAGCAUCGAUAUAAUGUCCUGGCAACACGUUAUGCUCUUCGUGCUGAUACUCUCCCUGAUGAUUGCUUGUUGGUUCUGCUUCGUCGUGGAUUACUGUACACUCGUCUAGACAGAUUUAUUUGUCAAAACCCGUUGUAUCUGACACUACCUGAUCCGCCGCCAUUCACCACUGCUGGUCUUACUGAAGUCUUUGAUUCGUAUUGGCAAGAUCAAGUAGAUCAUCAACUUGCUGCUGCUGCUGUUUCUGGUACCCAGACCCUCCUCCGUGCUUGUCGUCGUUCUGUAUCUCGUCCAGAUCCCAUUUUGUACCUACCAAUUGGUCGAUCUGCUCGAAGUCGCCUUGUUCGCUGGCGUCUUGGACGUUUCACAAACAUGCGUGAAGAGUGUCCGUGCGUGAUGGGUGAUUUUAUAUCUCGAAAUCACUUUCUGACAUGCCGUGCUCUGGAUCGAACACUUCUCGAUGCUCUGCCUGUGGCUCCUCCUGGUAUUCAUCGUAUAGACUAUGCCCUUAAUUGCUUACCUGUGAAAGCCUCUGAUGGUCCUCCAUCUUAUUGGUCUGCUUUGCUUGCUCUGCUUCAUGCCAUUGAUUGUUUAGUGCAUCCGGCUGGCUGUCAUCCCUGCUGA